UAUGGUAUUCAAGGAAGCACUGAUAAGCGCCGUGUAAGUAUUCAUGUUGAGAAGAAUUCUCUAUCGUCUUUAGACGAAGCGCAAUUUUACCAUGCAACUAAAGGGACGCUCCAGGGUGAUGACAAGACGCUAUCUUCUUGAGUGGUGCGGUCUCACUUUCCACCUGAAGAAAUUUCUUUCGAUUCUAGGCCACUUAAAGUACUGCACAUGGAGGGACGUCAUCUUUGGCUAGAUGAAAUGGAAGAUUUGGUUAACAUGCGGUACAUCUAUUGCUACAAUCAAUUCUCUGUACAGUCCGUCAAUGCUUCACUAUAUAAGCUUCGGAAUCUACAAACAAUGGUUUAUUUGGAAGAUCGCAGGUCCAUUAAACUGUCACCAGAAAUAUGGAAGAUGCCACAUUUAAGACAUGUCAAGUUGAAUGGUUACAUACAUCUUCCUGAUCCUCCCAGUUCAGAAAUUAAGGGGGAAGAAAAUUCUAUUGUUGUUCUAGAAAACCUACAAACCCUCUCGAUAUUAUAUAAUUUUGGCUGGACGGAGGAGGUUCUCAAAAGAAUUCCGAAUUUAAAGAAAUUGGCUAUAAAUUAUGAUAAUCUGGGGAAAGAUUGGGAAAAUUACUAUAUGAAUAAUCUUUCCCGUCUGACUAAACUUGAAUCAUUAAAAUGUCGAGUAGGAUAUAACCAUAAGUUCCCCUAUCUUCUCAGGUGCAUCACUUUUCCAACGUCACUCAAAAAGUUGACUUUAUACGACAUGUACCUUUAUUACGAAGAUUUGACGAUUCUUGGUUCGAUGCCCUGUCUUGGAGUGCUGAAAUUGAAAGGUUGUAACUUCGAUUGUGGAGUGUGGGAACCAAAUGAAGAAGAAUUUCUUGAAUUGAAAUAUCUGCUAUUACACAAUGUUGACCUGAAGAGUUGGAGAGCUGACAGUAUCCACUUCCCGAGUCUCGAGAGCCUAGUCAUUUCAGUUUUGUUGCGCUCACCGCUGGAUGAGAUCCCUAGUGGUUUUGGAGAAAUUUCAACUCUUCAAUCCAUCGAGUUGCAUGGCUGUGUUGAUUCAAUUGUAGAAUCAGCAAAGAAAAUAGUAGAACAACAAUUGGAUUGGGGGAACGAUGCCUUCAAGUUAUAUAUUAAGUAGUAAUGUGCAGAGUUUCAAAGUAUUCCAUUCCAAUCAUUUACUGUCUGUGGUUCGAGAUCAGUUUAAACAAACUUCAAUGCAGGCGCUGUGCAUUGAGAGUGCAGGUUUCUUUCAAGUUUGUAUUGUACAACCACGAUUUCAUUUAGUUUCCUUUCUUGUCUAUGUUGUUUCUUCUGCUUUCUUCUCUAUUUAUUUGUGGUUUUCACAUGAUUUUAUCAAUGCUAAUUGACAAAAUCAUGGUUUAUGUAUCA